AUGCUUGGAACUCUGGCCAUCUGUUUGCAAGUAAGUCGUAGACAUGCGCAUGAAGCUCUUGAAUACUUGAAGACACGUGAUUCACUACUAGAGAAAGCACUAGAAAGGAGUGGAAAUGAUUUAGAUUCUGCCAUCAAGAGUCUCAAUGAACUCUGUCUUGGAUAUGUGGAUCGGAUCUCAGGUUUACCCAUGCAAUCAAAUGCGGUAACUGAAAAAGAUUCUUCUACUGAGAGUGAAGGUGUUGCUUCUUUGGAGAACAACUCAUUAGCUAAUAAUGACAACAUCCCUAAAAGUGGUGCAGAAUGGGUUGAAAUGUUUCCAGUAAGAAACAGAGCUGUAUGAUUAUUUGUUAGUUUU